AGUCACUGACAGUACAUUUGAACUUAAACAAGGUAGCCUUUAUUGGCUUGAUUAAGAGGUCAAAUGAUGUCGAGAGUGCGUUGGGUACUUUUUGUUUUGUUUGUGAAGAGUGUUAUCAGCACAGAUGCCUCGAAAUGUGGAGAUGUACAUCUCACAGUUUCACCAAGAGAUGCAUUUUUGGAAAUGAACUGGGUGACGGCGUGUGAGGGUGCGACAAAUGUUCCGGAUGAAAUUAUAUUGUCCCGAAAAAAUCUGGUAUCAAGUGACGAGGACCAUGGUAUCAUAUUGAGGAUAAAACCAAGUGACUAUCCUGGUGGGUAUAUAAAAACCACUGUAAAAUUCGGUCAACCGUAUCUGCCAGGAGGAUGGGACUUGGAAGACGAAAAAACGUCCAGAGCUCCCGGUCCCCAUUGUUUCCCAUACUGGAUAGCUUCGUCCAAUAAUAAUGACGUCAUACAUUCAAGAUGCCUCGCCAUUCAGCCAACAUGGAUGACCGACAAUAGAAACAUAUUAGGGUCUCACCACAUAGAAGACUUGAUGAUACCAGGCACUCAUAACUCAGGAGCAAAUACAGCCGGAGGGACAUUUCAAGAGAAGUUUAUUUUGAAUCAAGAUCGUGACAUAUGGACUCAAUUAGUUUUUGGAAUUAGGUAUUUAGAUUUCAGGAUAGGAUACUAUGGGGCUGAAGGAUUUUUCCUAAACCACGACAAAUUCAAAAUCCAAGAAGUCCGACCGCUAUUUCGACAGAUUCGAAAAUUUUUGGAAGCUUCUCCGAAUGAAAUCGUGAUUUUGGAUUUCCACAGGUUUCCCCACCCCUCCCAGUUCCCACCACAUCUGCAUACACAAUUUAUCGAAAUUGUGAAUGAAGAUCUGGGAGAUUUGGCGGUACCUUUGUAUAAUGGACGUAAGGGACCGACGUUAAACGAAAUCUGGGCUACUAAUAAGAGUCUGAUUAUUGCUUAUAAUAAUCAGCAAGUUGUGGAAGCCGCAAGAGAUCUUAAUUUGGUCGAUAGAAAACCCUGGCUAUGGUAUCCACUUUCCCAAUUUUGGGCAGAUACAAAGUCUUUGCCAAAACUGAAGAAAUACAUGGAGACGUCCAUUGCAGAGCAUGCUCAAACUAGACGCACUAAUCCUUUGUGGUCAUUGAUGGCAGAACUGACACCUCAACCAAUCGACAUCGUUUUCAACACCUACAAUUUACGAAAACUGGCUCAAGAUACUAACAGAGAAAUCACUAAAUGGUUUAGAGAUGAAUUUGGUAAAGAUUGUAAUAUCGUAGCUACUGAUUAUUUCUUGGGUAAUGACAUUAUUGACGUUGCUAUAGAAAUAAAUACCAAAGGCAAUCGUAGCAAAGUUAUAUCUAGGUAGAAAUAUUUAAGUUUUCUAUAAAUUUUUUUUAUUAUUUGUUGACUGAAUGUAUAUAUUUAUAUUUUC